AAACAAGUAAAAAUAAUAAAUAUCAAUUUCCAAAUAUUUUUGGCUGAAGAUAUUUAAAACAAAAAUAAUUUUUAAAAAAUCCAUAACAAAUAUAUCAUCAAUCAUAGACUAAAUAAUUAAAUAAAAUGGUUUUUCUGACACGUUUUUUGCAGCUUCCAAAGAAAAUUCCAAGGAAGUUCUUAAGGGCAGGAUUUCUUGAUACCCUACAUUUACGAGUUAGAGCAGGUACAGGAGGUAUGGGUUUCCCGAAAUACGGUGGAGUUGGUGGUCGAGGUGGAGAUGUUGUUGUUGUAGCUACUGAGGAAUUGUCAUUACACCACAUUGCUGAAAAAUAUCGUGACAGAAAAAUUAUUGCUGGUCAUGGCAACAACAGUGAAGCGAGAGGUAUUAUAGGUAAACCUGGACAAAAUGUUGAAAUACCGGUACCUUUAGGUGUCACUAUUUACGACUCCAAUAAAAUUGUCAUUGGUGAAGUAGAUAAACCGAAUUCAAAGUUAGUGGUUGCUCGUGGAGGAGUCGGUGGAUGUCCAGAGACAGGAUUCAGUGGGCAGAAAGGACAAAAUCAUGUAAUAACUCUUGAUUUAAAGUUAAUUGCUGAUGUUGCUCUAGUAGGUUUUCCCAAUGCUGGUAAAAGUACUCUUUUAGCAUCAGUAUCAAAUGCUAGACCAAAAAUUGCUGACUAUCCUUUUACAACAAUUAGACCUAAUUUAGGUAUCAUAAAUUAUCCCGACCUAAGAAAAAUAUCUGUAGCUGAUUUACCGGGACUUAUUGAAGGAGCUCACGUUAAUAUUGGGAUGGGUCACAAAUUCCUAAAACACUUGGACAGAACAAAGCUACUUGUUUUUAUUGUUGAUGUCCAAGGGUUCCGUUUAUCACCUCGACACAGUUAUCGUGACUGCAUGGAGACAGUUUUUCUGCUGAAUAAAGAGAUAGAACUUUACAAUGCAGAUUUGCUAGAUAGACACGCUAUUCUUUUAGUUAAUAAAAUGGACACUCAAGAUGCUGAUAAAAAAUUCAAAGAAAUAGAAGCUAUGUUACGAGAUCUAAAUACAGUAGCACGCGAGAUUCCUGAAGAAAUAAGGCCUGAUAGAAUAAUUGAGUUCGAUGAAAUUCUUUCGACAUCAUUGACUACUAACAGAAAAGAGCAAUCUGCGAUAAUUAAAGAACGAAUACGGUUUCACCUUGAUAGAAUAGCCAAAAUUGAAGUUCAACGAAAUGAAGAGAUACGCGCUGAAUUAGAGUUGUAUGAAAAACUUAAAUCUGAAUCACGAACACAUGCUCCUACGAUGGUUUAGUUUUUCGAUAUGCAAAAAAGCUAUUUAAUAUGUAUAUACUUUUUAUUACUAAAUAAUUUUAUAAUUAUUAUUUUUUAAAAUA